AUGCUGGAAAAUCUCACAAUUCAAAAUUCCCAAGAACAAUCAAUUUUGAAUUAGAAUAUCGAGCUAAGCUCAGAGUCAAAGAGUACAUUUGAGUAAAUAUUAAAGAAAGACUUGGCUGCUUUAGACCACUCUGAGACUAAAGAUAAAAUCAUUUAGGAAAGAGACCAGCUAAGUAAAAUGGUUUAGAGAGAAUCAGAUGACAUAAUUCUUAACUACCUCUUACAGAGAUAGAAUGCAGUGCUCUCAAAGUUUGAGUAGUUUGUUGAUAAGAGCAAGAAAACAUUUGACGAGCAACAAAAUAAUUACUUGAAUUUGGAUUGCCAUGUCAAAGGACUUAUUGACACUUAAAUCAAUUUGCUGCAUAGAAAAGAAAGGGGUAAUAGAGUUUAAAAUCCUCACAUUCUGGAUGCAGGGAAUGAAAUAAGAAUGAAGGAAUCCUUUUAAGAUCUAAACUUAAGCAAAUAGGACAUGCUUGACUUGUAUCAGAUAUUCAUCAGGUCUUAGCUUUUUUAAGAAUUUAAAGAAGAAAUAGUCAAAGAAAUUGCUUCGGUAAAAGACUUACAUUAGGACUGUAUUUUAAUGAGUAUUGCAAGUACUCAUUUGGCUAACCUCUAAAAUUAGAGACAACAAUAUCUGGCAUUUAGAGGAGGGGACAAAAAGAUAAAUUUCUUAGAUCCAACAAAUUUUAAGAUUUACAAGUCUCUAACUCUUGAGAGUUUCAAUUCAAGAUUGAACAUGAGAUGGUUUAUUCAAAUAGAAAACUACAUUCUAAUCUAAACUCAUUCUAAGUUCAGCGAAAUCUUAAUCUAUAAAGACCUCAAGUAUUAAGAAAGUGAGAAGAUUCUCAAUGAAAAUAAGGAGCCCAUUCUAUUUUUGAAGCCUUUGUAUUUCAAUUAGAAUGGCAAACAUUACUUGGCUAUGGCAUCUGAACUAGGAACAGUGUAUCUAUACUAAUUCAGUACAAGCUUUGGAAAGCUUACUUUGAAAGAUUAGCAAGUUCCAUUAAACAUGGUUAUAAAGCGCAAUAAUGAGACAAGAAUGAUGAAUCCUAUUGUCCUUUGCAUAAAAGACUUGCCUUUGAAUAACUCGAUAGCCAUUGGUUAUCUUGACGAUGGAGUGAUAUUGCUUGACAUUGAUUUCCUCGGCCCUAAACUCUUAUACAGAGCUUAGUUUUUAAAACAAUUGUCAGUUAAAGACGUUGUUGAAUUAGAUGCUACUCAAAUCCUUACUUUGUCUUAUAAACCUGCAAGGUAUCAAACAAUAGAUGUUGUUAAAAAGAUAGUCACUGACCUUGGAGACGGGCAGCACUCUCAUGGUCUUUCACUUAAUCUGUUUCCUGGCUUUAACAUCUAAAAGUAUCCCUAUGUAUUAGCCAAGGAAUCUAAUGGUCUCUUCAUAUUGAACCCUAUAUUCAAUGUAUAUAAUUAAAUCUUCGAUCUAAAGACCUAAAACGUUGAGGAGUCUUAUCAGAAUGAUGAGACAGUUAUAUUCGAUGAUAGCAAGAGCAACACUUUUUAUAUGGUCAAAAACAAUUUCUAUGUGACCAAGUAUGAGAUAAAUCCUGCUCUCUUGGAAACUCUUAAAGAAUGCACUGAGUGA